AUGGGAGGCCAGUACUACCCGCCGCAGCCGCAGCCAUACAUGAACAACGGCCAGAUGUACGGCGGCUGGCGCCCGCCCUACCCCCCGCAGCAGUACCCGGCACUCAUGCAGCAGCACCCGAGCGGCCGCAUGCCGCCGCCGCCGCCCGGCGGCGCGGCGGCCCCGGGCGCCGGCCCCGCGCCGGGCCCCAGCCAGGAGCUGACCCAGACGGCCACCAUACGCAACGCCGUCAACCUGAAGAAGAACACCUUGGAGGCCGUGCCCAUUCCAGGCACACCCAACAAGCUGGCCAUCACUUUCACCUUUGACGCCUCCCAGCCCUGCGCCGUCACCACCUUUGUGGCGGCCACCGAGGAGCCGGCCCGUGCCUGCCGCCUCACGCCUGCCAAGCAGGAGGCCGCGCCACCGCUGUUCUACGAAAAGGGGCUGGGCCUCAAGUUCCCGGGCUCUGCCCCCGAGGGCGCCCAGCACGUCAUCGACAUGGGCCUGUACGAUGAGGCGGCGCUGUUUGCCGCGGGCCGCGACACCUUCCCGCUCGUGGUGCGGCUGGAGACGGUGACGGACAAGGGGCGGCGCGAGGGGCGCACGCUGCAGGAGCUGAGCCCCGGCGCGGAGCAGCAGCCGUGGGUGCAGAGCCAGACCACGUUUGCGGUGCUGCACCGCGAGGAGGACGGCAGCUUUGCGGUGCGCACCACCAAGCAGAAGAUCUGGGUGGAGGGGGUCAGCUACGAGCUGCAGGAGAUUUACGGGCUGGAGCAGUCGGUGGCGGCCGCGCGCGCUGAUGCCGACGAUGCCGACAACGAGGAGCGGCUGUGCGUGAUCUGUCUGGUCAACGAGCGGGACACGACGGUGCUGCCCUGCAGGCACAUGUGCAUGUGCCAUGAGUGCGCACAGGAGCUUCGCAAGCAGACCAGCAAGUGCCCCAUCUGCCGCAACCAGGUGGAGAGCCUGCUGCACAUCAAGAUGUACAAGGGGCCCAAGCCGCUGCCGCAGCAGGCGCUGACGGAGCGCUAG